AGCUCGAAGACUACUCUACUCGUGUGCUCCUCCUCCUCUUCCCGCUGCCGCGCGACCCCGUAUACCCCGUCCGGCCUUCCCGCUAUAUAUGCACAGCUCCACCCUCCACGCCCUGCACCACACUCCCUGCCCUCGUCACCCUCGGACACUCUUUGCAGCAACAAAACAGGGUAGAAGCCGAGCAAGGCUCUGACGAGCUAGCAAUAACCGUAGCCACAAACCGGCCAGAGAGUAGCUAUAGUUUGUGAAGUGGCUUUGCAGUGGUACUGUGACUACGUACGUGGGAGCGGGGAAAGCAGGAGAUGGUGUUCCCCUCCAUCCUCCCCAAGGUGGCCGCCCAAUGGCUCUUCACGUUCUACCGCGCCGCCAGGAAGCUCAGGAGCCACGCCUUCCAGCUGUACUACCACAACACCACCGCCAAGCCGUCCUCCGUCUCGCAGCAGUCCGCCGCCUUCUCCAAGAGCGCCUCCAUCCCAGACGCCGCGGACCGGACCGUGGUGUGCGACAUGCACGGCGCGCUGCUGCGGACCACCGUGCUCUUCCCCUACUUCAUGCUCGUCGCCUGCGAGGGCGGCAGCCUACUCCGGGCCCUGCUGCUGCUCUGCUCCUUCCCGCUCGUCUGGGCCCUCGGGGAGCGCGGCGGCGCGGGGGUCAGGGUGAUGGCGUUCGUCACCUUCGCGGGGCUCAGGCCCAGGGACAUGGACCUCGUGGCCCGCGCCGUCCUGCCCAAGCACUACAUGGAGGCUCUCAACGCGGUGGUGUACGACCGACUGUGGCUGCCGGCGAGGAGGAAGGUGGUGGUGACCAGCGCACCGCUGGUGAUGGCGGAGUGGUUCCUGAAGGAGUACAUGGCCGCCGACGUGGUGGUCGGCUGCGAGCUGCAGGUCGUUAAGGUCAGACGCGGCCGGUACUUCACGGGGCUGCUGUGUGGGCCCGCGCCAGGGCCGGAGCUGAGGCAGAAUGCCCUGAGGAAGGCGUUCGGGGCGGAGGGCGCCAUCGCCGACGUGGGCGUCGUCAGGAGCUCGAACCCGCUCGACCACCUCUUCGUCCCCUACUGCAAGGAAGUUUAUGUCGUGAGAAGAGAGAGCGCAAAGAGCGCCAGUCUGCCGCGGGACAGGUACCCGAAACCUCUCAUCUUCCACGACGGUCGCCUCGCGUUCCUCCCCACCCCCGCUGCCAUGCUCGCCUUCUUCCUCUUCCUGCCGCUCGGUGUCAUCCUCUCCGUUAUCCGGAUCAACAUUGGCAUCGUCCUCCCUUACAAGAUCAAUUUCCUAGCUGGCGCGCUCUUCGGGAUCCGCUUCCGCACCUCCGGCCUCCGCGCUCCGGCUGGGGGCAAGCGCAGGGGCGUCCUGUACGUGUGCACGCACCGGACGCUGGUCGACCCCAUCAUGCUCACCACGGCGCUACAGAAGCCCGUGCCCACCGUGACGUACAGCCUCAGCCGGCUGUCCGAGAUGAUCGCGCCCAUCAAGACAGUGCGGCUGACGCGCGACCGCGCGCGGGACGCCGAGACGAUGUCUCAGCUGCUGGAGCAGGGCGACCUUGCGGUCUGCCCCGAGGGCACGACGUGCCGCGAGCCCUACCUGCUGAGGUUCAGCCCGCUGUUCGCGGAGCUGGCCGACGACAUGGAGCCCGUGGCGCUGGACGCGCAGGUGACGACGCUCUACGGCACGACAGCGAGCGGGAACAAGUGGCUGGACCCCGUGGCGUUCUUCGCCAACCCGGUGCCCUCGUACCGGGUGGAGUUCCUUGGCCCCGUGCCGCGGGAGUGGACGCGCGCCGUGGGGAGGGCUGGCGCAGAGGUGGCGAACUGGGUGCAACGGCGGCUCGGCGAGGCACUCGGGUUCGAGUGCACGGGACUGACUCGCCGCGACAAGUACAUGAUCCUCGCCGGCAACGACGGCGUGGUCACCAAGUAGAAGACGCCGGGCGCCCUCUGCAGCAGCUGGGUGUGUUUUUUUUAUGCAUACAUGCUGGGUAAAUUAAUUUUGUCAAAAUUAGUUACUGUAAUCUGCAUGGAAGUAAGAAUCUUUUGGUUCUCUUGUGUAAAGGAAAUUAAUUUGAUUAGCGGCGAAAGCUAAUCAAAUAGUAGAUGCUUGGAUUUGAAUCAAAUCAAAUAGUAUAUAUUU